AUGUCCUCUUGUUUUCUAACCACCGUGUCCUCUGGACAGAGCCCUGAGCUCAACUACAGCGGUUCGAGGAUGCAUGCACCUCAGCUCUCCUCACAACCUAAACUUCAGAGUGAAGAGGACGGGGAGUCUGGCAUCGGCUCCAUCCUUGACCUAACGAGCAGCUUUGACGGCUACAGUGAACUUGUCGAUCGCCACUCAAGCAAACCUCCACUAACUGAGACGGAUGGACUCCCUGAAGAGAGAGGUAGUUCUGCUCAAACCUCUGCAGAGGGUCUACACAAGCUCAGGCAUCUCCUCAUCAAUAUAUCCAAGGUCCCUCUCCUCUUCAGCCUCCUCUUCUUCUUCGUUUGCUCCUUGGACACUCUGAGCUCUGCCUUCCAGUUAGCAGGGGGUAAAGUGGCGGGGGACAUUUUCAAGGACAACGCAGUGCUGUCGAACCCCGUGGCAGGACUGGUGGUGGGGAUCUUGGUUACCGUGCUGGUUCAGAGCUCAUCAACCUCCACCUCCAUUAUAGUCAGUCUGGUGGCCUCCGGAUUGUUGGAGGUAAAAUCAGCUGUUCCUGUCAUCAUGGGCACCAACAUCGGGACUUCUGUCACAAACACCAUAGUGGCCAUGAUGCAAGCUGCAGAGAGAGAUGACUUUCAGCGCGCCUUUGCUGGGGCAACAAUCCACGACUGCUUCAACUGGCUGUCCGUCCUGGUGCUGUUGCCUCUGGAGGUGGCGAGCGGGUUAAUGACCCGGCUGUCCCUCCUGCUGGUCAACAUCUUAAGUCUCCAGUCUGGAGAGGAAGCACCUGAGCUGCUAAAGGUCAUCACUGAGCCAGUCACAAAGCUCAUCAUACAGCUGGACAAAUGUGUGAUCACAGGGAUUGCCAUGGGAAAUGAGGACAUGAGGAACAGGAGCCUGGUGAAAGAAUGGUGCCAGACUGGCCCGGUUAUGCUUGCUGGUAAUAGAAGCACUGAAAACUGCCAAGACCUGCCUUGGUCAUCACGUGUCAAAUGUAGACACUUGUUUGCUUCUACAGAGCUGACGGACCUCGCAGUGGGCCUUAUUCUCCUGGCAGCCUCCCUGGUUGUCCUGUGCACAUGUUUAAUGCUUCUGGUCAAACUGCUAAACUCCAUUCUGAAAGGCCAAGUUGCAAAGAUCAUCCAUAAAGUCAUCAAUACUGACCCGCCAUUUCCAUUUGGGUGGCUGGCAGGAUACAUUGCCAUGUUGGUGGGUGCAGGGGUUACAUUUUUGGUCCAGAGUAGUUCUGUCUUUACUUCUGCUAUGACUCCCCUGGUAGGUGUCGGGGUCAUCAGUCUGGAGCGGGCCUACCCUCUCACCCUUGGUUCCAACAUUGGGACCACCGCCACAGCCCUGCUGGCUGCUAUGGCCAGUCCUGGGAACAAACUAGCAGCUUCCAUACAGAUUGCUCUGUGUCACCUCUUCUUCAAUGUGUUUGGAAUUCUGCUGUGGUAUCCUCUUCCAUUCAUGCGUCUGCCCAUAAGGAUGGCUCGUGUCCUGGGUGAGCGCACUGCCAAGUACCGCUGGUUUGCAGUCUUGUACCUCCUCCUCUGCUUCCUGCUCCUCCCAGCAUUGGUGCUGGCUCUCUCACUAGCUGGCUGGCGGGUUAUGGUUGGUGUUGGGGGCCCUUUUAUGGGUGUCACCAUCUUCGUGGUCAUAGUAAAUGUAAUGCAGGCUCGUACCCCCCGACAUCUGCCCACCAAACUCCAGAACUGGGACUUCUUGCCUAAGUGGAUGCGCUCUCUCAAACCCCUCGACCGACUGAUCAGCAAAGCAACUAUCUGCUGCAGCAACCCAUGUCUGGAGACUUUAGCAGAUGAAGGAGAGGAGCCUAUCUCAACAAAGACAGCAUCUGUGGACAUCCAGGAAGAGUGUGCUCAAAGGAAAGAACAGCAGGCUUAUUUUAACCCAGUCCUGAGCUGCCUUGAUGAGAUUAGACCAGGUGUACAAGUUUUUAAAUUAAAAGGGUUAGAGAGGUGCAACAGCACUCCACUUUAGGUCCUUUUCUUUAGCUGCAUUAUCUAUAAGUUCUACUUUUAACACUUUUGAAAAAAAUAAUCUGAGAUUGUUUCUUAGUCAUGCAAAAUGACAUGAGGUUGGAAGGAUAUUUAGAGUAAAUCUUAAUUCCCAUAAUUUGCUUUGUGUGGAUAAU